UUAUCCAUGGCUAAGUCCUAGCUACCUCAAAACCUUUUCAUUUAAGCUAGACAGGUUAAAGAAAGAGUAGUGUAUUCAUGUAUGUAACAAAAACAUACGUAGUAAAAUAGUUUGUUAGCAUUAAGCGAACUACUCCUAUCAUUUAUUUCAUGCAUACUUAUUACUUACAGUUAGUUAGCUAUUACGUAUGAAACAUCAACUCAGGGCAAGUAGCUAGUCUUAUUUAUUUUAAAGGCAAAUACACAAAACAUGAUGGAGCAACGGAUGUAUAUAGUGAAACAUGUUUAAUAUGAUUGGUUCACAACGAAACCCAUCAAGCACUACAUUCAUACUGGCAUAAUGCUGCCACCCAUAAGUUGCAAAUUAAUUAAUGAUGAUAUCAUUUAAUAUUCUUUGGGGUGUUAUAUAUUUACACUUAACAAAUUGAAGGGAAUUAAUAUACAAUACAUAAUAACUUAAUGUGGAAACUGACCAAACCGGUCGGUAGAAAAUGACACUAUAAAUAGAGAAGAGAGUCCGUGUUCUUUAAACAUCCGCCACUCUCUGCUCUACCUUAAACCGUAACACCUGAAUCUAUAUAUAAAAUCAUUAACGUAAGAUCGUAUUUCAGAUGGAUAAGCAGCGUAAGUCGAAGCAUCCCAAGACCAAUGCUUAUGCCACCAUUGUUUCCUCUUCUUCGGAAGAAGUGAGCAGUCUUGAGUGGGAAGAAAUAGCAAUGACACAAGAAGAAGAGGAUUUGAUCUGCAGAAUGUAUAAGCUUGUCGGCGAAAGGUGGGAUUUAAUAGCUGGGAGGAUUCCAGGAAGAACGGCACAAGUGAUCGAGAGGUUUUGGGUCAUGAAGAAUCAUCGAAGAGCUUGAUUACGUUGAUUGAUAAUUCUAUAUCAUUUUUAUAAUAAGGAAAUAUAUACGUGUAUCCUCUAAUCGUUGGUAAUUCUGCAGUUUUGUUCUUGUAUUUGGAGUUGUAUCUCGGGAUUUCAUACUUAUGUUUCUAAGUUGUCUUAAUUAAUUAAAGUCACGUACGAAAUAUUUUGUUAAACAUAGUAAACUUCCGGUAAUUUUAAAGGUAAAAAGUCAUUAAAAUCAUAUAUAUAUAUAUAUAUAUAUAUAUAUUUUGUCACAACACUGAAAUGAAUUAGUUAUGUGAAAUUUGUAUUGAGAAAAUAUAUAAAUAGAAAAAUAUUUCUCAUAAAAAGAGAAAAUGACAUGAAAUGAAAUUAAGAUUGGGGAUUGUAUGUCAAUAUAAAUUGAUUAGUGUGAAUAGAAGAUC